AUGUCUCUCACCCCUGAAAUUAUCCACUCAGUAACUGAAGGGAAACCUCACAAUGAAAUUGUUGAACUUAAGCUUAAUGAGAAAGAAUUGACAGGAUUGUGCGAUCUUUCUUCACUUACAUCACUCAGAAAAGUCUUUUUAAAGAAAAAUCAUUUUAAAUCACUCGAAGGAAUCCAAAACUGCGAAAAUGUAAUUCAUAUUGAUGUGUCUGAGAAUGAAAUACAAGAAAUUCAGCCAGAAUUAACAGGAAUGAAGAAACUCACAGUUUUUAUCGCAAACAAGAACAGUAUUAGCUCUUUAGGUGGACUUUCCAAAUGCACAUGGGUCAAAUCAAUCGUUUUAUCCGAGAACAGAUUCACAGAAUUUCCAGAUUUUUCAGUUUUUCCAGAAAUAAACACAAUUACCCUUUCCAAAAACCUUUUAACUGAAGUAACAUUUUCAGCCGCACUUGCAAAACUUACAAAUCUUAAUCUCGGAAAUAACGAAAUUUCAGUUUUUCCAGAUUUGACAGGUUUUACAGAGUUAACACAGCUUUUGCUGAACGGAAAUAAGAUUACAGCUAUUCCUGAGUCCAUUAAAUCCUUAGAAAAGCUAACACACAUCGAAAUUGCGAAAAAUCAAAUCGCAAAUUACGAAGAUCUCCAAAACAUCACGGCUUUGAAGCUUAAAAACCUUAAUAUCUCAGGUAACCCCAUCGAAGGCGACAAACCAGAUGAAUUAAAAGAGAAACUUUGCACAGAAAUUCCAACAAUUUGCGAAUACAACUCAAAGAGGGUCAAACCAAAGAAGAGCCAUUAUUCGACCGACCAUCCAAAGUAUAUGGAGAAGAAAGAACAGACAGAAAAGAUUUUGAGAGGAAAAUACGGCGGAGAUUACAAAGAAGUCAAAGAACGCAUUAAAGAAGAGAAGAGAAACGCAAGAGAAGCAGAACUCCAAGGAAAGACAGCUAAACAGAAGUCAGUUCGACAAAUUAAAAAGAGUAUAAUCAGAGAAUCUGCUGCAAAGAAGUGGAGAAACGAGAUACAGAAAGAGGAAAAGCCAAAACAAGAAAAACCAAAGCAGGAAAAGCAAAAACAGGAGAAACCAAAGAAAGAACAAAAGAUUUCUGUAGAUCCAUUCUUCGAAGUCAUCCAGUAA